GCCUACUGGACUGGCAGAUCAAAAUAAACCUGGACAAGAACAGAAUCAGAAGCUCUUAACGGAAAACUCAGAGACUGCUAAAGAGGAAACAACCACUCUACCUCAGAGAAUAAAACAUGGAUAUUCAGACUGGCCAAGUAGUGAGGGCUGUGGGUCCUAUGGAGAAUCUGGAGAAGCAGCUGAGCUGUCCUAUCUGCCUGGACAUGUUCACCAAGCCCGUGGUCAUCCUUCCCUGCCAGCACAACCUUUGCCGUAGCUGUGCUAAUGACCUCUACGACUCCCGCAACCCCUACCACUUUUCAGGAGGCAUCUUCCGCUGCCCAACCUGCAGAUUUGAGGUGGUGCUGGACCGCCACGGUGUCUAUGGCUUGCAGAGAAAUCUCCUUGUGGAGAACAUCAUCGAUAUCUACAAGCAACAGCUGGAGAACAGUGGUGGUGGUGGCGGCGAUGGUCUUGAGCCUCCCCUAAAGACCAAGAAUUCCAAGGAGCCAAUGUGCCAGGAGCAUGAGGACGAAAGAAUCAACAUUUACUGCAUAACCUGCCAGGUUCCCACAUGCUCCAUGUGCAAGGUAUUCGGACAACACAAGGACUGCAAGGUAUCCCCGCUAAAGAGUAUCUAUGAAACCCAGAAAACUGAGCUCCAAAAUUCAAUUGACCUGCUCGCAGCAAGCAACAGCUGUGUCCAAGCCAUGCUAGCACAGAUGGAGGUCGCUUGCAAGACUGUGGAGGAGAACAGCCAGCAGCAGAAGCAGAAGCUGUCAGAGAAAUUUGACCUACUCUAUGCAGUUCUGGAGGAGCGAAAGGCCCAUCUGCUGGAGCAGAUCACCCAGGAACAAGAUGAAAAGGUAGCAGUGGUGCAGUCACUUGUUGAGCAGUACAAAGAACAGUUACAGGUCAGCAGAACACUGCUGGACCAAGCCACACAAAGUUUGGAGAAUAACAGCGUAGCUGAGUUUCUUAUCAGCGCCAAGCAGCUUAUUGCCAACGCCAAGGACACUGCCAAGAACUCACAUUUACAGAGGCCUGAGCCAGGAUUUGAGAAGAUGGACCACCUUACGCUGUUCACAGAUGAAGUAGAGGCCAUGCUUGCAAAAAUGGACUUUGGUGCACAAGAUGAUGAGGAGGAUGAUGAUGAUGAUGAUGAGGACUUUGAAGAGGCAGAAGAGGAAGAGUAAUAGGCAUAAGACUAAUAUCUGAGAAAGAGAAUAAAAAGACAAAGAGCCCUGGCUAGUACAGGACGAGUAAAGCUGCUUUUUAAAACUGUGAAGAGCAUGUGCAAUCUUAAAGCAGUUUUUGUUGUUUUUUUACCAAGACAAUUUGCACCAUUUCCACUUUUCCACUUCACUUUUAUACUUUUGUAUUUAUAUGAAUGUGAGUAAAUUCCUUUAUUGUAGAUGACAGGGUUUACACUUGACUAUACUAUAUAGAUUAAAUAAGUCAAAACUAGAUUUACAAGCUGUAGAAUACAGUUGGAUUUAGUUUUUGUGUGUCCGUCAAAAUGCUUGAAUACUUGAAAUGAUGACGUUGAGUUGGUAAUUACUGUAAAAUUGUCAUUGAAAAAUUCAAUAGGAAUAAAAAUGUUUACCAACAGAA